CACUGACAGAACAAAAUUUGUCAGAACAGAGGAAACAAGUACUCUAAAUAUUUUUUUUUUAAUUCAAAUUAUGUCAACAUUAUUGUUUUUUCUAAUAAUAUCCGUGACUGUGGUGAAGAUUUGUCAUGGAGAUAUCGAACAUGAUCGUGUGAUUAUUCAUGUACCAUAUUAUAUUAAAACAAUUAAGCACAUUCGUACAAUAGUAAAACAAGAAGAAAAAAAAAAAAAUGAUAAUAAAUGGGAAGUUCUUGGGUAUUCAAUUGGUGAGCCAAUAAUUCCUGAAGCAUCUGAAAUUUUUGGUCAUGAGGAAAAAUAUAAUAAUCUUUUAUGGAAUCACGAUGAAAGCCAAAAAAAAUUGAUGCAAUUACAGCAACUUGCUGCUGCUUAUAAAGCAUUAAAAUUUGGUUUAUAAAUGUAUACAAAUUAUUUGACGAAAGUUUAA